CAGUCACAAGGGGGCGCUCGUCGCGUUAUAACGCGGCCUUGUCCUAGCUUAUUUUUGGGAGUGUCCCUAAAAACUAUUUUACUAUGCAUAUUGUACGGGGACGCGGAGCGUAAACAACAGUACAGUGGGGUCAAAUGCUUGAAUUUACUGCAGAGAAAAGAGCUUGAAUCAUGACAAAAGUGGUUCCCUAUAAGGGACAGAGGUAUGCUGACAUAGUCAAGCGAUGCGUGACGGGCGGUACAUUAUGGGAAGACCCAGAGUUCCCUGCUACUGACGCCUCGUUAUUCAACCAGCGUAACUCCCCUGGACGGAUUGAAUGGAAGAGACCCAAGGACAUUUGUCCCAACCCCCACCUUGUCGUGGAAGGGACAAGCACCGGGGAUGUAUCGCAAGGUCAGCUGGGCAACUGUUGGUUCGUAGCCUCCUGCGCUAACUUGGCCCAAGAGAAAGAACUGUGGGAAAAGGUGGUACCAGACAACAAGGAGCAGGAUUGGGAUGAUGAGAAUCCGGAGAAGCACUCCGGAGCCUUUCAUUUCCGUUUCUGGCGUUUCAAUAAGUGGCUCGAUGUGGUCAUUGACGACCGACUGCCGACCAAUAACAACAAGCUGAUCUAUGUGCACUCCACGGACAGGAACGAGUUCUGGAGCGCACUGCUUGAGAAGGCCUAUGCCAAACUGAGCGGUUGCUAUGAGAACUUGGAUGGAGGCAACACCGCUGACGCGCUGGUGGACUUCACCGGUGGAGUGGCUGAAUCGAUCUCCCUAACGGACGAGAAAUACAUGCAGGACUUUGAGAAGAAGAAGGAGUUCCAUAAAAAUCUCAAGAAGUACAGCGACAGGAAAUUCCUCAUGAGUGCCUCUAUCAAGGUGACAUCAGCCGAAGAGAUGGAAGCGAAGACCGAUGUUGGGCUGGUCAAAGGUCACGCCUACGGAGUCACCGCCGUCAAGACAGUCAAGCUUGGUGCCGCCGGCUUACUGUCCCUGUUCAAUACGGAGAAGGCACACCUUGUCAGACUGAGAAAUCCGUGGGGUGAGAAGGAAUGGAACGGACCAUGGAGUGAUGGAUCGCCAGAAUGGCAGAAAGUCAGCGAGAGCCAGAGAAAAAGCCUUGGGAUCACCUUUGACGACGAUGGAGAAUUCUGGAUGCCAUUUGACGACUUUUGUACCAACUUCACUAACCUUGUCAUCUGCCGCAUGCCCAACAAGAGCUUCCUGAGCAUUCAGCGGACCUGGCACGAGAAGGUGAUGAUCUCUGCUUGGAAGAAGGGUCCAGGGAAGGCUAACAGAGCUGGAGGCUGUAUCAAUAACAGAGAGACAUUCCUACAGAACCCUCAGUUCAUGAUCUCCGUGGAUAGCGACGAAGAUGACAUCAUUCUCUGUUUGACUCAACCUGAUCUGCGCAGUGACAAAAAGGAAAAUAAGACCAUUGGAUUCAAUGUAAUGAAGGUUGAAGACAAUCGCAAAUACAGACUCCACACUCCCGGACAGAAGGUCAUCAACUCGACCUUCAUCAAUUCGCGCAGCGUCUUUGAGAAGUGCACGCUCAAGAGAGGGCGCUACGUUGUCCUGGCGACGACCUUUGACCAAGGGGAGGAAGGCCCUUUGAUGAUGAGGAUCUUCUCCGAUGAGGGAGCCAAAUGCUGGGAGUUGGUCAAAGAGGCUCCGUCGCGCACCAUGAUGAGUAACAUCCGUGGGUAUCCGCAAGUUGUGUCCAAGAUUACCGUGCUGUCAGCUACUGGACUGCAGAAACAGGAUCACUUUGGUGGAGGUGCUGAUCCGUAUGUGUAUUUGAAAUGGGACAAUCAGACAACGCGUUCCCCGGUCAUCAAGAACACGCUCAAUCCUGAGUUCAACUUCAGUGCUUUAAUCUACCGCAAGAAACCACAAAAUCCCAUUAUAGUAGAGAUUUGGAACAGCAACGUUGUCAAAGACCAGUUCAUGGGAGCGGCAGUCUUCAUGGCGCCCGUGGAGAACGCACCCAAGCAGUAUACGUCGCCGCUGCACGGCCGAGGGCGCAACACGGACGAAACCAGGUCGGGCUCUGUCAGUGUGGUUGUCCACACCACCAACGAUCUGGAAGCAUUCUAAGCUACGACUACGGCUAAGGCUAGCAGGAACACACACAUGUCUAUGGCAAGUGGCUGCAGCUGCUUCCAUAGACACCUGUGAGAAUGCAAGCCGUAGUUCAUACCGACAUGUCCUAAGCCUCGCCAUUCUAAGGUUUGAAUUUUCUGUCUACAUGUACAUGUAGUUUAGUUUUUUUACAGGGUGUAACUUUUAACUUUUGUAAGUGGAGUACAAAAAACUCAUACUUAUCAAAAUGGUUUUUAAAUGAAUUGUACAUGCUUAUUAGUCAUUGAACAAAAGAUUUUUCGUAUUAUCAUUAGGACAAGUUUGUACAUAAACUGGCAUCUCUAUAUUUUUGGAUGAUUAAAUGUAUGAGGAAAAACAAAUGUAGAAAAGGCUGCCAUCUGGUCAUUCGCUGUAAUCGGUUGAGAUAUUGCUCGAAAUCGUUUCAAAAUAUUCCAAAAUUUGUGUUUGUGUAAAAUAUUCCGGAAACUGUGUUUCUCGAGAUCGAGCUUAUUGGAAUCAUUUUGUGGACAAUAAUCAGAACAAGUUUGUUUACUUUUGACUAAUAUGCGUAUUGUUCAGUUAUGUCAUUUGCAGUUUGAAAAAUUGCAAGAUAAAAUCAAGCUUAGUUAUUAUUUGUAGGAUUUUAGCAAAACAAACUUAGUAGCUGUUUUAUCACCAGAUUGGGUAGUCUUGGUAUGAGACGUUCUCACGGUCAUUCAAGAGCCACGGUACAAAGGUCGUAUCGUGGCUCAUACCGUGGCAUAUCAUGCGUGUCACAUAUUAUUCCUUUAGAGGGCGUUCUGUGACAAUACUUUGGCGACGAACGGCACGCAAAGAACGUGGCCUGUUGGCUUGUGUGUAAAGGAUACCCGCUUCAGCGAAUUGCUGCGCCACUUAGGGUGUCUUGAACAAAGACUACAGAAUCACUGCACAGGCCUAAAAGCCAUGCGCACUGAAACACUUGUACAUUUAAAGACAUCUUGAGCCAAGACUACAGAUUGUGUUGCUUGCCUGUACCUGAGCUUUAAAGAACAAGGGGCCACUUUGUUAAUAACGUACUGCUUUCAAUGAAUCUAGUCUCUUUACCAGUCCGUUUCAUAUAAUAACUGAGUAACAUUUACCAGCUGUACACUGCAAGUUAUUGUUGUAAUGGGUAGUCCAGUGUAUUGUUUUCUGCAUGAUUAACUAAUUAAAUUAACGCAUAUCAUUACUGGUUGCAUGCUUUAUUCGUCGGUGGAUUUUUACGCGAUUUUAACUUUGUUAAACUUACUUUAUUAUACUGAAAUCAUGUGACGUUAUUGUAAUCGAUGUUUUAACAAUUGUAAGAAUUUAUUCCAACUUGAAUUUUUUUUUUCUGUAUUUUUUGAUAAGGUGGUAGAGUAUACAUUUGAAUAUUCAAUUUUGUAUCGCAUAUCUAGGUAAACUAUAUUUUGUGUGCUUAAUCUUACUUGAAGCGAUUUGUAUAACUUAGUGACAUGUAUCAUUAAUCUUUCAAAUUCAUCCUAUUUUCGUUAUAUGGUUUAGUAUAAUCAGGUGAAAAUGUUUUAAGUAUUUUAGACUUUUUAGAACUUUUAAGAUGAGCUUUCGUCAUGUACAGAUUUUAUCCCACUUCAUAAAGAUUCAUUUUUGCAGUCACGAUCUAAUUGAUUUGUUUUUGGUUUUUGCUUUAAUUCCAAAUUACUUCAUCCCUAAUUAUUGCAUAUGCCAACAGGAAAAUGUGUACAAAAUUGUAGAAGUUUUGCAAUUUCAAGACUUCUUGUUUUAUUGAAUGGAACAAAAUGCUGCCGUUUACUUUGAAUGCAAAGUAUCAAUUCUGACCAAUAUUCAUCUCAGUCCUGUGCCUCUAAGUUAACCUAUUUCACAUUCAGCUUAUAAUUUAACAUGGAUGAAAUAGUUUACAAAUAUUGACUGCUUCGCGUGGUGUAGUGAAAUUAGCCUCCCGAGGUGAUCCAUUGAGCAUUAUAUUUUUAGAGAAUAGAAUGCUCCAUGGAUCACAGAGGGAGGAUAGUUUUACUACACCACGAGAUAAAGCAGUCAAUAUUUGUUUUAUAGCACCUCUCUCAUUGAUUCUGCUUGAGUUUAAGCGAUAACUGAUUAAUUUUUAAUCAAAAUACAAUUAAAUUGUACUUCUAUUUGAAUACAAAAUUAGUUAAAAAUUUACUACCACUUUCCAAACCACCCCUUCACGAAAUGUUUGAACCCAGCUCUAUAGCGCUAGCGCUCGUAAACAAUACGCGCACGCCCAAAUGCAUUUCCACACAGUACUGUUGUUAUGCGUAUAGUACUUCGGUUGCUACGGGUAUACAUGGUGUAGUACUUUAGUUGCUACACGUAUAGUACUUUUGGCCAUGCAAAGCAAGAUAGCAAAAAUAGCGAAUGCCAUGUGACAUGCAUGGUCUCGGCCAAAACAAGAUACAGAAUCUGUGGGUGAGGUGUUAUAAUGGUUAAUAUACUAAUAUAACAUGGAUUGAGGAUGAAUAGUUUUGUAGGUUUUGAAAGUUUCACCUGUGGAACUAGUCACCUUAUACAUGUUUCACCAAAAUUUCGUCCAGGAAAUCAGUUAUCUUUACAAAACAUUGCUGCAUGUGUGCCGCUGUCUUUUUAUGUAGCCAUGCAGGGCAAUGUUCACGCAUGCGCACACCCCCGUGCGAUAGUUCAAUGAUUGCAUAGUAAUGCAUAGUAGACUAUUGCAUGGUUUACCAAUGCAAUAGUUGACUGCGCAUUCGUAUUGACCCUGUGCGUGAAUCCUCGCUUGUUAAUAGCAAAAAUAACAGUUGACAAUUGAUGGUUCAUGGACCAAUAAGACUUUGGUUUUCACUCGUGAAUAUGUAUGAGGUGUAGUAAUUGCAAAUAUGGCAUUACUGAGAUAACGUGAAAAUGCUAAACCCAGAUUCCAUUUUUCCCAUGCCAGGAUUUCUGAUAAAGGACCAAGGUUUGAAAAGCCAUUAAACCCAAAAGUAAAUUUCUUGUUCACUCAUUCCUAUUACUGGCCGUAUAUGUACACAUUUUUAAUAUGCAUGCAAGGUUGUGACUUCAAUGAAAAUUCCAAGUUAAAUUGGUAAGUGCAUUGGCCUUGAUCUGGAGCAUCAAACUCAAGAUCUGUGGGUAAUUCGAUCCACAGGUUGUGGGUUCGAGUCCAGGGUUAUGGUGCGUGUGUCCUUGGGCAAGGCACUUUGUCACAAACUGUCUUCUCCCCACCCAGGAGUAAAUGGGUGCUGCAAGUGCAGAGAAUACUGAUUGAUUUUGGGGACUUUUUUGGCCAAACAUAUGACUACAUCAAGCUGUAUACUCCCCAGAGAGCUGAGAUUGUCUUUGGAAUGUUUUAUUGGACCAAUGAGCAGGGGUACUAAUCAUGGCGAGCGCUUGCACUGUAUAAAACCCUUUUUAAAAAGUAUAUACAAGUUCCAAAUGUAAUGAUACCGAGCACAAUGCACUGUUGGCUUGCAUAAAAUCAUUCACAAAUGUACAUGUAUGUCACUUUUGUCUCUCAUAAAAAAAUAUAGGGGGUUAGAGAUACUUGAAACUUGCUAUGUAAAAAGACACAUGUAUUCACAGAUAUAAACCCAAAUGAACCAAUAUUGUACACUGAAGUCUGCAUUUUGGUAAGUGAAAUGAAGAAAAUGGAUUUUUGGAACAGUUUUCCAGAAUUUGAUAUUUAUAACAACAGAUUGUGAGUGGUUGAGAUAAUUGUAGACAUAACUAAUGAAUAUAGUCCAAUAUGUACCCUGUAAUGUAUUUACAAUUUUCAAACCCAUUUAAUAGUUAAACAAUAUGUAAUGCCUGGUGUACUUAUAUGUGGUUAUUUUUUGUAAGCUUUGUAUAAAAAGGGGUAGCAUUCAUUCCUUAUACAUACAGUAACUGCAAUAAAAACAAAUGAAACGUGGUGAUAGUUAUACAA